AUGGUGGUUAGCAAGAUGAACAAAGAUGCGCAGAUGAGAGCGGUGAUUAACCAAAAGUUGAAAGAAACUGGAGAAAGAGAACAUCUCAAAGAGUUGCUGAGAGCUAAAUUAAUUGAAUGUGGCUGGAAGGAUCAGUUGAAGGCACACUAUAAAGAGGUAAUUAAAGAAAAAGGACUAGAACACGUUACAGUUGAUGACGUGGUGGCUGAAAUCACUCCAAAAGGCAAAGCCCUGGUACCUGACAGUGUAAAGAAAGAGCUCUACAAAGAAUAA